AGUAAAAAGUAAACUGAAUAAUAACUUGAAGAAAUCGUGAAUAUAAAAACCUGUGAGAUUUGACUGGAUUUUCUGUUAUUUAAACUUUUGUAGAAGUUUCAGUUAAUAGAACUGGGGUUUUAGGCCGUAUCAUCCUGAAAAGGAUUGGGCAGCAUGACUCAUUAAAGCAUGAACUUGAUGUUCCUAAAUAGAGUAGACACUAGCCUGCCUGCCAUGAGGAACUCCAUGGCAUUAAUUUGUCAUUUGAGAUCACUCAAUAUAAUUAUAUAGGAGUAAGAUUGAAUUGCAUUGACAGCAGAGCACUUUGCCUUCUGGUGCUGAUUGAUUUUGAUAUUAUUCUAAAAUGGAUUUGGCUCUAUGAAUUUGAUGUUCUUAAAGAGAGUAGAUCAAACUAGCCUGCCUGCCAUGAGGAACUCCAUGGCAUUAGUUUACCAUUCGAGCUCUAUAUAAUUACACAGGAGUAAGAUGCCUUCUAUUGCUGAUUGAAGCUGCCAAUAUUAUUACUUUGAUUUUGUGAUCUGCCUUUUGUUCCUAUCAUCCUAUGGCUAUUUCUGGAAACAUUGAAUUGGUGGUGCUAGGGGAUAUGGCACUAGUGUCUAGUACUGAUCAUGAACCAAAUGAAUUGGACCAGACCAGUGCUAAUUAAUUGGUCAGAUAAGUCAUCCCUGGUUCCUCCCAAAAAUAAAUAACUGAAUGAAUAACAGUCAUCCUUGGCUGGUUGUAUAGUGCAUGCUGGGAUGCUGAAGAAGUGUAUGCACUACAUAAUUAGUGGACUUGGUCAGGGAUUUUGUGCUUCAGAAUUAUAAUUUGCAGUUAUCAACUGCAUGGUCAGAAAAGGCUGGUGUUCAAUUGAGAACUCUAUAUAAACAGAACUCACUAUCUCAUCUUCCAUCACCAACAAUCUCUCACCAACACAUUUACAAACCAAAGCAUUUUUUUUGGCCUGAAACUACAUAUCCAAUGGCAUCUCAAAUUGAGAGCCACCGCUCCGGCGCGGAGAUCAUCAAUGGAGAUGCCAUCUGCAGGAACAAGUCCAUUGAGCUGCUGGAAGAACUUGGCCUCCCCAAGGGCCUCCUGCCAUUGGAGGACAUCGAGGAGUUCGGCUACAACCGGGACACUGGGUUCAUGUGGCUGGUGCAGAGGAAGAAGAAGAUCGAGCACACCUUCAAGAAGAUCAAGCAGACCGUCUCCUACGCCGGUGAGGUCACGGCGUUCGUCGAGAAGGGGAAGCUGAAGAAGAUCGCCGGCGUGAAGACCAAGGAGCUACUGCUCUGGCUCAGCGUCGUCGAGGUCUACGUCACCGAGGCCUCGCCGGAGAAGGUCACCUUCAAGACGGGAACCGGGCUGUCUGACACCUUCGAUGCUGCCGCUUUCGCGCUUGGAGAGUAAGCUUAAGGAGUCAAUCAGCUACUAUAAGCUAGUAGAAAUGAUGCAAGACUGCAAGUCCUUAAUCUUAAUUACUAUGUAAAAAUGGCUUGAAGCCACUAUCUUACAUCACCUUGUACUGUUAUAUCUUUUGUACUAUUACAAACAUACUCCUACAUGAGUAUAUUCCUGUAGUUUAUUAUUUUU